AUGAAAUAUUCUUAUUAGCAAUCUCUUCAACAUAUGCUUAUUCCAUACAUCAUAAGUGGAGUAUUAUGGUAAAUUUGUUCAAUCUAUUAAAGGAUUCCCCUUUCGAAAUUUGUCGAAACCUUCUACCAGGAUUAAUUGAUCUCUUAAUUCAUUGUUGAUCUCAUAGCAACUUUUAUUGUUUUUGUUUAAUCCAUAUUAAUCAAGUAAGUCAUUCAAACUUAUUAUACUUAGAAAUUCCUCUAUUUAUGAUCCCUACUGGCAUAUAAUCCCUAUGUAUUUUACAGCAUAUUGGUGUUUUGAUUGUAAAACAUGGUGGCCAAUCCUAGUUUGCUUUUUUUAUUGCAUAAAGCAAGACAUAAGUUAUUUUAGAUUUUGGCCAGGUAAAUUGCUUUAUCUUAUAAUUAGGUCUUACCUAUGAAGACUUUAGGUAUGAAGAAUUUAAAAAUAAAAUAAAUAAUAGUUUUGUUUAUUGGGUAUUCAGUUUAGUUUCAUUUCAUAUUUAUCCUACAAUUAUUGUAUAUUUAGGUUAUAUACCCCUAUAUUACACCAUAAAGGAAACCUAAGAGCACAAUAUAUUAUAUGAAAUAGGCCUAAUAAUAUCUAUAAUUGCUGUAAUUAUCUAAUGGAUUGCAGAUUACUAAUUAUAUCCCUAUAGAACAAAACAAAUAAAAGGAGAUUGUGAGAUUGGACUAUGGAAAUAUUGCAGACAUCCUAAUUACUUUGGAGAAUGUCUAUUUUGGUGGGGAAUGUACAUAGCAGUAUUAUCCUAUGGAAUGUAAUAUUGGUAUUGGGGAGUUGGGGCACUUGGAAUCCAGAUCAUGUUUUUAGCCUAUUCAAUUCCAAACAUGGAGUAGCAUUUACUAAAAAAGAGACCUUCUUAUAAGAAAUAUCAAUCUGAAGUUAGUUGUUUUAUUCCUUGGUUUAGAAAGAAUUCUAAAACUAAUUGA